AAGCGUGACAUAUGACGUCCCUCCGUCGUGACGUGUACGGUGCGUCAUUUCCAUGACAACCGCUGAGGCUUCGAUCGACAAAAACAACGAAACAUGGAUGAUGAUCAGAGUUUGGAAGAGACUGCCUUCGUGGUGGAAGAAGUGAGCGGCAUCGUUAAAGAGUCUCUCGAGGGCGUGAUCGGGCGCAGCAGCUACGAGCACAAGCGUGUCAGUCAGUGGACGUCCAGCGUGGUGGAGCAGUGCCUCGCUCAGCUCAGCAAACUGGGCAAACCCUUCAAAUACAUCGUCACCUGCAUCAUCAUGCAGAAGAACGGUGCCGGACUGCAGUCGGCCUCCUCCUGCUUCUGGGACAACACCACAGAUGGCAGCUGCACCGUCAGAUGGGAAAAUAAACACUUGUACUGCAUCGUCAGUGUGUUCGGACUCGCCAUUUAGACACAAAACUGCCAUCUGCAUCAUCAGACGUGUUCAACUUUCAGUAUUCCUGCCUUAUAUGAAGUCAAAACCCUCCAUGUACAAUAAAAGCACACGAAUCCACAUCUUAAAAA